UUUUUUCUUCAAUUACUGAUGAAUGGAUGUUACAUAUCCAAGCAACUUGUUACACUAUAUGCAACAGAAGAAUCCAAAAUCAAAAGAAAAGAGAAAAUGCGAGAACGAGAACACAAACGAUAAAAAGAAAAAAGAAAAGAAAAAAAAAAGAUGUUGCAAGUGACAGUUGCUUUAGGAUAGCGGAUUAUUUAUUGCAAGCUAUUUGCUAAACUUUGGAUGCUAGCAUCCGUGUACCUCCUUCAUUUCUUCAUAGCAAAUUGUAUAUUUCUUUUUCCAAAUUCUUACAUCUCAUCAUAUACACUCUGGAUCCAUUUUGGUGCAGCCUUUUAGCAGUGUUUAACAUGUCAUCUCAUGGAUUUUUUUUUUCUGUUACAGAAUGCCUCAAAUCAAAAGCUUCCGGUGAUCUACCUCGUUGACUCAAUAUGUAAGAAUGUCGGUGAACCCUAUAUCCAGUUGUUUGCACGUAACAUCGCUUCGCUAUUCCUCGAAUCUUAUACAAGAGCCGAGGUUUCUACGAGGAGAAGUUUUGAGCGAUUAUUACAAACAUGGAAGAACGGGAUGCCAGACGGACGGCCUGUGUUUUCCAGGAGUGUACUUGAACCCAUUGAACGGUCUGUAAGAUAUCUUCAGCAACAAUCUCCACAACAGCAACAUCAACCUCCUUCGCAGCAAGGACCAAAUAUAAUGCGAGACCCUAGGCAGCGAUACGCAGCAUCUCCCAGUCAGUCACAAUACCCCUCUUCUGGAAUAAGUCCUAGCCAACAGCAAACCUUACCAACCGCGCCGCAGCCUGAUGUCAUGUCAACUCUGCAGUCCAUAUUAUCACCAGCGAAUGGAAACAGUGGUGGUGACCCUACCACGCAAAUCUUGGUUCAGCUACAAUCUUUAUUACCUACGUUACCACCAGCUCAAGCUGCCCCCAUUCAGCAAUAUCUGGCACAAAUAUUACCACCAGGAACUCCUCCACCCGCUUCUGUAUCAUCGUCAGUUAGUAACAUGAAUGCUCUUGACUUAAUGAAGAAUUUAACAUCGUUGGGACUUUUGGGUGGCGUUUCAUCUGGACAACCUGCUUCAGAGCAGAAAAAGGAUUUUGCAUCUGGUAACAUGACGGUCGCUAUGUUUGGACCAUUCCGACUGGAGAGUAAAGAUAUUCAAACAGUUCGUAAAGGAGCGGUUGAAUUCUUAUAUUCUGCAUUACCACUUAAAUGCAAGCAAUGUGGUUACCGAUACCCAGACACAGAAGAGGGCAAGAAGAAGAUGGAUGCUCAUCUUGACUUUCAUUUUCGACAGAAUCGACGAUCGAAAGAACGUGCCAAGCGCGGCCUUUCUCGAAGCUGGUUUGUAACUGAAAGCGAGUGGGUCAAUGGUGUCGACAUUGAGUCUACCAGCCAGCAUCCACCUAUAUUUGCGGACGAACAAUCACAUAAUGGCACUGGUGGAGGAAGUGGACAACAAAAAAAUAAAAAGGUGGAAGAACUAGACGCAGAUUCACAUAUGGUAGUUGUGCCUGCCGAUAGCCAAGGUAGACCUUGCCCUAUUUGCGGAGAGCAGUUCAUUACGAUAUGGAACGACGGUGAGGAAGAAUGGAUGUACAAAAAUGCAGUUAAUAUUAAUGGAACGAUAUAUCACGCAACUUGCCACGCAGAUGCUAGUCAUAAUAUGGAAGUGGAAGAAUUAGAAGCAGAUCAAAUCGAAAAGAAGAGAAAAGCAGUAGACGAUUUGGCUCAAGAUAGUAAAAUACUAAAGACAGAAUGAUAUCACCACUGAAUAAAAUCGCCAUUUUAUACUGUGAAUUUUCACAG